UAAACGCGGACCUGGAGGGAAAGUCUGCUUUCGUCAGGCUUGAGUAGGCGGCGUGUAGCAACUACUGGCAGUGAGUCAGAAUUGUGAAACUUGGGAAGUCUGGGAUGAGUACCGCUGGCGUUGGGAUCGAGAGCAGAGGGGGCCGAGCCUGAAGCUUUCUGCUCGGGGACUGGCGGAUCGGUAACGGCACGGCAAACGCACCGGAAAGGAUGGGAGAGACUCCGGUCAGGGAGGGCAGCACGGUGACGCGGUCUGCCGAGUAUGUGGGCUCCUUCCUGGUGGAUGACUACUGCCUGGAUGAGCAGAUUGAGCGCCUGCAUGCGCAGCUGCAGUCUCUUAAGACCUGCAGGAGAAGGCGGUCAGUCUCUCUGAAGUUCUCCAUCAGAGGGGUGAAGAUGUACGACGAGGACGAGACUACUCUGCUGAUGGCUCACGCACUGCGCAGGGUGUCUCUCUCCACCGCCCGCCCCGCCGAUGCCCAGUUUGCCUUCGUCUCGCACAACCCUGGCAACUCGGAUGCCCAGCUGUACUGCCACCUCUUCAAGGCCCGGCACGCUCGAGCGGCCCAGUUUCUGAACCUGCUGCUGUGCCGCUGUUUCCAGCUGUCCUACCUGGAGAGGCACCCGGAGGCGGCAGGGGGGCUGUCCACCAGCCCCCUGCACCCCUGCCCUCCCUCCCUCCUGAACCAGGGCUUCCCCCUGAGCGUCAGCGCCCUGGUGUCCUUCCGCCGGGCCCCCACACAGGGGCUCCUACCCGGAGAGAAGAGCUCCUGCAGACCAGCGGAGGAUCUGCAGAGCAGCCCAGAUGAGGGCGGCGCCCCCUCCUCUCCCACCCUGGUGCGCAAGAAGGCCAUACGCAACAAGGUGCUGCGCUCUGGGGCCUACCGCUCCUUCUGCUACACCCAGCACAAACAGCGCCACCUACAGGACCGGCUGAACUCUGAGCAAGGAAAGGGGCAGCCGGUCCCCGUGUCGAGGAAGCGGCCCCUCAGCCUGGCGGAGACGGAGGAGGCCCUGGCCGAGAUGGUGUGGUCCUGGGCCGGGAUCUCCAGUAAGGUCAGCUCCACCCUGCUGGAGGAGGAUGUCCUGGGCUCCUACCUGCUGGUUCCCCAGCCUGAGCUGCCUGGCUGCGGCUCUCUCACUGUGCGCUACCCCUCUGGCCUGGUCACGCACACCAUCAGACACGCCUCCAACGGGAGAUACCUGCUCCAGGACUGCCACAAGGAAUUUGACACUAUUGCGGGCCUGAUAGAGUAUUACACUGAGUUCCGUGGGGAACUGGCAUGCCCACUGAGCAGUGCUCGGGUGAACCACUGCUACGAGUGGGAAGAGAAUGUGGGAAAGACCCAGGCUGUCGGCCUACGGCAGGGCUUUAACAGACGCGUCUCCAAGAACAGCCAGACUGAGGAGUGGGUUUAACCCCCAUCUUCGGGCUCAGAUUUAUUUACCUCUACAUCUCACACUCAGAAAUGCAGCGGGAACAGCUGGUUUCUCAGUUUGGGAUAUAAAUCACUAGAUUGGUUUAACCUUUUUUGUGUUUUUUAAGAUGUACACAGUCCACUCGGUGAUGUUGCCAGUGUUUGUUUCUUGGCUCAGCCACUCCAGGGAAGCAGGGAUCAGCAGUUAGAGUUAGGGUUUCUGUGGGGUGGGAGGAGGGGGUACUCUGUAAAUAUCAGUCUGACAUGUAUAAUAAUGUAUUUUGUAUACUUCGUUCUCUGAGGUGAACUUUUGUAGGAGUUUUAUACCUUAGCACUUUGUGGGAUUUUUGAAAAAGCUUUUUGUAUUUAUACCAUGGUGUUCUACCCUUUGC